AGUCCACAAUUUGACAAUUUUGACGGUUUGAAAUUUAAAAAGCUCGUGUUUGUGUGUUUAUUUCUAAUGAAUAUAAAAAAUAAGGCAGAAAAUGGCUUUACCAUUACCUUCAACGCCCAAAACUCCAUUUACAACACCAAAGAAAGUGCGUGCUAUUCGCACUCCUGUUGCCGAAAAUUCGGAAGCCUUCGUCGCCCCCACAACCCCCCGAAACCUCAUGACUCCCAAAGCAAAUAAAGCUGCAAAUACCCCGGAAUGCUUCAGUGCAGUGACACUCGAGACGCCCAAUUCGGGCUUAAAGCGAAGAAGCAGUAAAGAGAAGUUCGACAGAGUGAGUAAUUUAACAGUUGCUGUGCGAAUUCGGCCGAUGAAUUCCCGGGAAUUGGCGUGCGUGGGGGCUGCAAAUGUUGUUAAAGUACGAAACCAGGAGCUGAUCAUUCGGUCCAACCCGUUGGGCAACUCUGCAAUGAGUCUUGACCAUGUCUUCCAAUACGACCACGUUUUUUGGUCGUGUGAUGAAAGCAGUUCGUUGUAUUCGAGUCAGGAGGACGUUUUCUCCACUGUGGGACAGCCCCUCUUGAAUAGUGCCUUCAGGGGGUACAACGCGUGUCUUUUCGCGUAUGGCCAGACCGGGUCUGGCAAAAGCUUCAGCAUGAUGGGGCCCACUACUUGUGAUAUUGUCGAUAUUGACUCGGAAUUCUCCGGAAUUACGCCACGUUUCUGCCGGGAGUUAUUCGAGAGAAGCCAACUCCUGGCCCCAAAAUCGUCGGUUUCAAUCGAAGUUAGUUAUUUUGAAAUUUACAAUGAGAAAAUUCACGAUUUACUUGCCAUCUCAAAUUCGGCGAACAAAAUGCCGUUGAAAGUGAGGGAACACCCGGAAUGGGGGCCCUACGUUGUCGAUUUGAGUGUCCACAACGUCAAGUCGUACAAAGAGUUGCGAAAUUGGUUGCUUUUGGGGAACAAAAACAGGGCAACUGCUGCGACCACAAUGAAUGAAAAGUCGUCACGAUCUCACAGUAUUUUUUCGAUUGAAUUGUGCCUAACUGAAGGACUCGGUGAAAACGACACUAGUCGAAGAAGCAAAGUUAGUUUAAUUGACUUAGCAGGGAGCGAAAGGCUUGUAGGGUCACAAAACAGUGAUGAAAAAAUUCGACAAGGUGUAAGCAUUAACAAGUCACUGUUGACACUUGGAAAAGUCAUCUCGGCGCUAGCCGAUCAAAAGAAAAACCAAUUCGUGCCAUACAGAGAUUCAGUCUUGACUUGGUUAUUGAAGGAAAGUCUCGGUGGUAAUUCAUUGACUUGCAUGUUAGCGACGAUAACCCCGGCGAAUACGCAUUUGGAUGAAACUUUAGCCACUUUACGAUACGCGUGUCAAGCACGCACCAUCGUAAAUCGUGCCAGAAUCAAUGAAAAUCCCCACGAUCGUCUAAUUCGCGAAUUAAAGUCUGAAGUGCAAAGACUGAAGGCUCUGAAGCAGGACUACGAACGUCACUCUCUACUCAAUUCGUCUUUCACUCAAGUCAAUGUUAGCAACAGUGACGAAUUGGACGAAUUGAGAAGCAAGUUGCAACAAGCUGAAGAAAAAUUGCUCACCGCUGAAGACAGUUGGAAGCAAAGAUUCAUGGAGAGUACGAAAUUGCAACUGAAAGAGUUGGCAGAGUCUGAAAAACGUCGCGAAGAGUUGGAGUCGAAAGUGAGAAUAAUGAAUACAGUUGAUACAAACUUGGAUAUCUCUCUAUACAAGACUAAUUUUUUGGAAAAAUUGGAAAAUGUUCUUACAGAGGAGGAGUCUGUAGAUGAGCGCCAAAAUCUUUACAGUAUUGUCGAUUAUUGUUAUGAGAAUAAUUUGCGGUGUAGUUUGACUGCGUCUGGGGUAACAAUUUUUGACGCUGGCAACAGAAAGCAAACUGUUGUUUUAUUAAAGGAUGUUAACAAAGUGAAGAAUUUUGGAAAUAUCGGCGAUUUUUUACAAAAUUUAACGUGGACGGAGGUUAAGGACUCGAAAAAAUUGUCAAAGAGUGAAGUUAGGUCUUCAUUAAAUCAAAUUUAUCAAAUUUUAAAUAGUUUACAACCGUCCGAUAAUGAUAAUAAUUUAAAUUUGUUGUUUGCUAAAGUCAAUAAGUCACUGCAGGCUUUUGAAGCGGCUUUGUUACAUAAUUUAACUAGAAGUAAUAGUCAAAAAACUGUUAGUUUUAAUUUGUAGUUUAUUUAUUCUUAGUUUCUGUUUUGUAAUUGUUGCAUGUAUAUUUAUUAUUUUGACGUAAAAAUAAAUAUUUUUUGAUGAAGCGAGGCACAGGUUGAAAGAGUGACUAAAGGCAAAUAUUUCAUUUGAUAAUAAACGUAUUCACCUACUUUA